CACCUAAAGAGCCCAGUGACGCCGGUCUCGUUCCCUUUGGGCCUCACCCAGAAAACACCGCUCAGAUCCAGCAUGGAGGACAGAGGAGGAAAACCUGGGUCUGUGACCCGGGAGAGAAUAAGGGACAAAUCAAACAAAGUAUCAGACCUGAUCAGCCGCUUCGAGGAGAACCUCACAGAAAACAAGAAAGACUGCUCGCCUGCAAAACACAUCACCAAGACUUCGAACUACAGCGCAACUCAACGCAUCUUCCAGAAGACGGAGGCCUGCAGGAUUCAGGACAAACCCGCCCUUGUGACGGCCGCAGCGCAGGAUGCCAAGAAGCCAUCAGCUAAUGGGGUGCUAGUGCAGAUGGAGCAGGGAAAACCAAAGAAGGAAGAAGAAGAAGAAGAAGAGGAGGAGGAAAAGAGUUAUAACUGUGUGAGGACAGAGACUGCCGAGCUUGUAAAUGGAGACGUGGGAAAUGCAGAGCAGAGUGAAGAUCAUUUACCUGCACACACAGACGGGACUGCUGCAGAGAACCACCCAAGAAAUGAGGACCUUGAGACUAAAACGGAAAGCGUGCAAAAGAUUGAAGAAGGGUGCUCAGAUCAUAGGGAGACAAAUGAACAAAAGCUGUUUAAUAUUGCAAGCGAGCUCCUGCACACCGAGAAGGCCUACGUAGCGCGACUUCACCUGCUGGAUCAGGUAUUCUGUGCCAAACUAAUGGAGGAGGCAAAUAAAGGAACGUUCCCUGUGGAUGUAGUGAAAAAUAUAUUUUCCAACAUCGUCUCCAUCCAUGCCUUCCACAGCCAGUUUCUGCUUCCUGAUCUGGAGAAACGCAUGGGCGAAUGGACGUCUACACCUCGGAUCGGAGACAUUCUUCAGAAACUCACACCCUUCCUUAAAAUGUAUGCUGAAUAUGUGAAGAAUUUUGACAAAGCUAUGGAGGUUCUGAAACAGUGGAUUGAUCGCUCUCCUCAGUUUAAGGCCAUCAUUCAAGAGAUACAGAGUCAAGAGAUCUGUGGCAGUCUGACUCUUCAGCAUCACAUGCUGGAGCCGGUGCAGAGAAUCCCUCGAUACGAGAUGCUGCUUAAAGACUACCUGAAGAAGCUGCCUCAGGACGACGCCGAUCAUAGAGAUGCAGAAAAAUCAUUGGACAUUAUUGCCACAGCAGCUACUCAUUCCAACAGUGCCAUUAGAAAAUCUGAAAACCUAAAGAAACUGAUGGAGAUUUACGAGAUGUUGGGCGAAGAGGAGGACAUUGUUAACCCUUCUAACGAGUUCAUCAAAGAGGGACAAAUCUUGAAGUUGGCCGCCAGGAACGCUUCUGCAAUGGAGAGAUACCUCUUCCUGUUCAACAACAUGCUGUUGUACUGCGUGCCUAAAUUCAGCCUGGGAGGGCCUAAGUACACCGUGAGGACACGGAUCGGGAUCGAUGGCCUGAAAGUCCAGGAAACAACCAAUGAGGACUACCCUCAUACCUUCCAGGUGUCAGGCAAGGAGAGGGCUCUGGAGCUUCAGGCCAGCUCAGAGCAAGACAAGGCCAGCUGGAUUAAGGCUCUCCAGGAGACAAUCGAGAUCUUCCAGCAGAAGAAUGAGUCCUUCAAGAACGCUCUGAAGGACGUAGAUCACGUGUCGGAAGCUGAGCUGGGAAAGCGGGCCCCUCGAUGGAUUCGUGACAACGAAGUGACGAUGUGUAUGAAAUGUAAGGAGUCUUUCAACGCCAUCACACGGCGGAGACAUCACUGCAGAGCCUGUGGCUACGUGGUGUGCUGGAAGUGCUCCGAGUACAAGGCACAGCUGGAAUAUGACGGCUACAAAGUGAACAAAGUCUGCAAAGACUGCUUCUUGAUCCUGAUGGGAAAAGGAGUGACUGAGGACAAGAAGAAAGGCAUUCUUGAGAUUGAGGCCAGUCAGUUCGCAGACAGCAGCAUUAUCUGUGGCUUUCUGCAGUACUUGGAGAAAGGCAAAACUUGGCAGAAGGUUUGGUGUGUGAUCCCUGAGAAGGAGGCUGUGGUGCUCUACCUCUACGGAGCCCCACAGGAUGUGAAGGCCCUGUGUGCCAUACCCCUACUGGGUUACUCUGUGGAAGACAGCUCCCGACCCACAGACCCCCCAGCCAGCUUCCAACUUCGUCAGUCCAAGUUCAUCCACAACUUUGCUGCAGAGACCGAGGAGCUGAAGCAGCGCUGGAUGAAAGUGAUCCGAGAGGCGUCGACAGGAGAGAUACUUGCACGACUUGAGACUAACGGCAGCAGUGCCAACACGUCGGACAGCAACAACACACAGGAAGCUAAACCUGACGGCACAUAACUGGAGUGGAUGUGCGUUUUUCUUUUGUUGUAGUUUUUUAUUUUCAAACUGCUGUUCUGGACAGUUCCAGAUGGACAGGGAGUGUGGAUGAAAUGCAAACGCUUCCUUACAUUCUUGAUUCUUAAAGUCAAAGUGGACCGAUUAGUGCUGGAUAAGCUGCCUUUUCUUUUACAUCUGCUGUCUCCUGGAUUUUCUCCUUUUAGAACUGUGCUGGAUUACUAACAAACAUUUCUAGUUCAAUCAACACUAGAGCAGAGGAGCUUCGGGAUGUACUCUCCUUCCUCCCACGUGCACUAAAAAAACCACAAAAGAGCGAGAGCUGAAAGUCAGUCUUUAUGGAGCCCCUCGAUGACAGCCACAGCGCCCUGAAACAUAAGGACAAGCCAAACUAAAGUCUGCUG